GCUCCGCUGUUGAAUUUGCCACUAAAAAUUGUUUUCAACUUCAUAUCGUCCUUAUACAAAAAUAUGUCAGUUUAUUGAAAACGACGCCUGGCCCGAUGCAUUGCGUUAAAUUCCCCCUGCUCAUCACAUUAUGCUAAAGUUUAGUGAUAUUGGAAACAGUUGUGCGGCCUGGAGGCACCUGCUUCGCACCGGUCGCAGUAGCUUGAAGAUCAAGAAAGGUGCAAAAGGACAUUUCUUGGAUAAAAAAUGCAACGAGGAACUGAAGAAAUCUCUUCCUGAAGAGGCGUAUGUUGAAUUAAUGAAUUGGGUUGAUAGCUGGAUGAAGAAAAUAGACAAGAGGAACUAUAGUUACACCAAGAAGGAUCUUGAUCCAAAACCUGGAGCCAAUCCAAAGGAGUCUACAUCUAUAGGAAAUCAAUCAGCUGGCAAUCUCAGCGAUUUAGAGGAAGAUGAUGAUGUUAUUGAAUGUGUCGACUCCAAUGAAACUUGUAUCAAAGAUGUUAUUGACCUUUGCAGUGAUGAAGAUUCACGAGAUAACACCUUGACAGACUCUAAUGGUAGUAAUACAAUGUCUUCAACCACAAAAGAAGAUAACGCAUUGUCCGAAAUGACAAAGAUCCUGGACAUGUUGGAGACCGUAGAGAACUUCACCGUAAGACAUGCGAAUGAAGAGGCAUUUUUUCUGAUUAAAAUGCUUCGCAUAAGCCUAAUACAAGGGCUAAAUUUAUGA